GUUGGUGAGAGGUCAGAGCCAAGUGUCAGGUAAAGGCGUUUUUUUCAAGGAGCUGAGCUCAUAAAAAGCUGGGAGGAGGAAGGAUGAAACUAGUUUGAAGAGGACAGGAGCCUUAAAGAUGAAGUGGCUUGCAUUUGCCUUUGCAUUGUGCCUCUUUGUGGUUGAUGUCUACUCGGCCGUCGACAAUAUUGACUGGUGUUAUCAUGACACAGCUUGCGAUGACAGAACAUGGCCGGUAAUCGCUGCAAAUUUUUGCAAUGGCAGCAGACAGUCGCCCAUAAACAUCGCGACUGCUGAUACCACAGAAGAUGCAAGCCUGACCGGGUUUACUUUCACAAACUUCGGCAACACCACCGCCCUGGCGGACAUAACCAACACUGGCAAGACAGUCAAAGUGAACAUAAAAAAAGGGGUGCGGGUUUCAGGGGGGGGUCUCUCCGAGCCCUACGACAGCCUGCAGUUCCACUUGCACUGGGGCAACCUCUCAACUCACGGUGGCUCCGAGCACACCGUCAAUGGGAAACGCUACCCAAUGGAGCUGCACAUCGUCAAUGUCAAGUCCCGUUUUAAUCUGAACACAAGUCUCGCCCUCGAAGACUCGACUGGCCUUGCAGCUCUUGGCUUUUUCAUUGAGGCAGACAGUAGCGUUAAUACUAGCCAACAUUGGCGCAACCUCAUCGGCUACCUGGGUCAAAUCCCACUUGCUGAUAACCAUGUCAACAUUACCCACGAAAUCUCACUGAGUGGCCUACUGGACGGGGUGGACUUCACAAAAUAUUAUCGUUACCUCGGCUCGCUGACCACGCCCACCUGCAACGAAGCCGUCAUCUGGACCGUCUUUAAGGAUACCAUCAGAAUCAGCCCUGAGAUGAUUGACCGUUUUAGCACACAGCUGCGCAUCAACAAUACAACUGAUUCGCCGCUCAUGGUAAACGUCUUCAGGAGCGUCCAGCCAGCUCUGUCAGUCACCACCCAGCCUGUGAGGGAAGAGACGGGCGACUCAGUGAAAUCUUGCGCCUCUCUGGCUCUGUUGGCUCUCAGCCUGGUAUUGAGCAGCAGUUAGAGUGGCCCCCAUUUAUGCUUUUGCAGUUCCUUCGCCGCCCUUUGAUCAUCUUUUGUUUGUGUAUGUGUAUGUAACUUAAUCUAGCUUAAAAUAACAGUCAAAUCAUUUUACUGAAUACACUGUCUCAUUAGGACUGAUGUGCUUAAAGGACAUCAAACUGAGACCAACACCUUGCAGAUAUUGCUUCUUUAAGUUGCCAAAUAUUGACAACAGCUCUUCAUUUUUGUAAUUUUUACUCUAAGUUGACUAAUCAUGUUGAUUAUGAAAGUUGGCUUCCACCCUGGCACACCCAGUUAUUGCCAUUAUUUUUAUGGACAGAAUUUGGUGUCCAGUUUGUGGGUGUUAGGAGUUCUCUCCAUCCAUCCUUUUUCCACCGCUUAUUCCCCUUUGGGGUCGCGGGGGGCGCUGGUGCCUAUCUCAGCUACAAUCGGGUGUUAGGAGUUCAUCCCGGCUAAAUGUGGGGAUGUGGUCCUAAAUGCCUCAUCAAGCUUCACCUGGAUCAAAUGGCAUUGUUGGUAUUUGACCUGAUACAACCUGCUCAUUGUCCUUGUGGUUAGAGUGUCCGCCCUGAAAUCGUUGGGUCGUGAGUUCAAACCCCGGCUGAGUCAUACCAAAGAUUGCUGCCCUUACCUCCCUGGGGGUGAACAAGGGCAAAUGCAGAGGUUAAUUUCACCACACCUAGUGUGUGUGUGACUAUUAUUGGUAGUUUUUAAGCUUUAUUUAACUGCAGACAUGCACAUAACUGUGAUUUUUUUCUUGUAUAUGUGUAUGUAUGUAUAUAUGUAUGUAUGUGUGUGUGAACUUAAAAAUUCAUAAAUAAAGGGAAAACAAUACUUUGAUGAAGGCGUUCCAAAUGAGCAACAUGAAUGAAAUUAAGACUGUUUGACUCUGUCUAUACAUACUAUCAAUAAAAUCUGCUCACCUUCUAUGUGAUUGCCCCAAAA